CAGGCGGCGGCUGGGCGUGGGAGCUUGAAACAUGGCGGCCACCACGGCGCUGAUCCUGCCGGAGAGCCCCAGCAUGAAAAAAGCAGUGUCGCUGAUAAAUGCAAUAGACAUAGGAAGAUUUCCACGAUUGCUCACCCGAAUUCUUCAAAAACUUCAUCUGAAGGCUGAGAACAGUUUCAGUGAGGAAGAAGAAGAAAAGCUUCAGGCUGCAUUUUCUCUAGAGAAACAAGAUCUUCACCUAGUUCUUGAAACAAUAUCAUUCAUUUUAGAACAGGCGGUGUAUCACAGCGUGAAGCCAGCGGCUCUGCAGCAGCAGUUAGAGAGCCUUCAUCUCAGACAAGACAAAGCGGAAGCGUUCGGCAAUGCUUGGUCUUCUAUGGGUCAAGAAACAGUUGAAAAAUUCAGACAGAGGAUUCUUGCUCCCCACAAGCUAGAGACGGUCGGAUGGCAGCUUAACCUUCAGAUGGCUCACUCUGCCCAAGCGAAACUAAAAUCUCCUCAAGCCGUGUUACAGCUGGGAGUGAGUGGUGAAGAUUCAAAGGUCAAGUUGAUACACAACUGGGAUACGGUUUUGAAGCCUUGAGUGGGGUCUUACCUUGUGGGGUCUGCCAUCUCUGGUCUUUGCCUGGCACAAAGGUCUUGUGUUUUCAGCUGUCAGGGCACAAGGAGGGAAUUCUGCUCAAGUGUUUCUCCUCAAGUAAAAUUUCACAAGAACUUCUGUAGAGCAACUAGAUAAAUGACGGAAGAAGCCAUUUUAUAACUAUCAGGAAUUUCUGAAUUGCUAUAGAACAGAGAUCUCAAUAAAGUAUUAUUGAAAGCAAAUGGUGCUUCUGAUGAGACACAGUGACGGUUCCCCUCGUAAUACGGUACCUGCUAGAUUUUAUCAUGAUGAAGCAAACACCGGGAAUCCUUUCUACCCCUUUAUUCUUAAGCAGGCUGACAGAAUAUAUCACUGUUGCUUUGAUUACAUGUAUUAAAUAAAAUCUCAGCAAAGCAUCUCAUUUUAGGAAAUGGCUCUGUUCUGUGGUGCUCGCCAACCUAGACAUGUUCUUAGUUCUCUUACUACCUGAGUCUGACCUGUAGCAUCACUUAUUCACAUCUCUUACACAUGCCAAAUUAUAUGUAUACAGAAAAAUGCAUAAAACAUAGAUGUCCAGUUAUUCACAAGGGUAACAUCUGUGUAACUACCACCCAGAUCAAGGUCUAAAAUAGUGCCAGCAUGCCAGAAGUCUUGGCUUCUUCCAAAUAAAUUCCCCCCAUGCAAAUCUGCCUUCUAUGAUACUAUUUCUUGUUUUUCUUUAUGCUUUUAUCCCCUAAUCAUGUAUCUCUAAACACUACAGUUUAGCUUUGAUGGUUUCAUUUUUGACCUUAUCUAACACAAAUUAUAUUGACUAUGCUCAUUUGUUUCUGGAUUCUUCAGUGUUAUGUUUGUGGUAUUCAUCCAUGUAAUAUACAGCUGUAGUUUGUUCAUUUGCUGUGUUGUGUGGUGUUUUAUGAUAUGAGUCAACCAUGUUUUACUUAGGCAUUUGGGUUGUUUCUGUGUUUUUUUUUUUAUUUAAACUUAAAAAAAAUAAGUUCUUUUAUUUUGAGGGAGACAGUGAGCACAAGUAGGGGAGGGGCAGAGAGAGAACGUGAGAGAGAAUCCCAAGCAGGCUCCACACUGUCAGCGCAGAGCCUAACGCGGGGUUCGGACACAUGAACUGUGACAUCAUGACCUGAGUGGAAAUCAAGGGUCGGAGGCUUAACUGACUGAGCCACCCAGGUGCCCCUGGUUGUUUCCAGUUUUUAACUAAUAUAUAUAUACUGCUGCUGUCAGCAUUCUUGUACGUGUGCCUCCUGUUACAUGUGAUCACCCAUUUCUGUUUGGGUAGAUGCCUGUGAGUGGAAUUGCUGGGUUUUAUGAUAGGCCCAAAGCCAUACUUUAAGUUCUUUCGGAGACAUGCCUCUUCCAGUAGACUUACUUUGGGGGCAUUCGCCUGCUGUGAGGCAACUCCUUUAAGCCUAGAAAGCUUAGCUGAGAGGGUCUGGUAGACCCCUCCAUAAUUCUUUUAGGUUAACAAAGGGUUUUAUGUCUGGUCCCUUGAUUUGGAUCUACAGCCCUUGAUGGUAUUGUAUUUGGUGAAUGUUAGCCAGCUGAGAGACUGGAGAUGAGAAACCGUCUUAUUUUCCAGCCCAGCAAGGCUUGGCCCCUCUUUACGCCUCCUAAAUUUUCCUUAUAAAGCGAUCACUUUUUUCUUUAGGUUGUGUCUUUCUUGCCAUCAUUAGCUUAUCUUGCACGGCCAGGGACAAUGAGCCGACUUUGAACAUUUGCCUAGAGAUCUCCGGCAAAUCCAGAUGUCCAUCGAGUAACUUCUUCAUCUUCUGAGUAUUCUCGGUGACACGAUUUUGCCACUUGUUUUGUUACUACAGGCACAGGCUCCUAAAAUUUACAGCCUCCAGUGCAAGCUGUGUUCCCCUUUUCCAGCUUUUGCUAACAGUUUGCUCUCCAUUUUUCAAGGCUUAUUAGGCCACUGUUCAGUUCCAAAGCCAGUAUUACAUAUAUAAUACACAUAUAUAAUCAUAUAUAUCAUCAUGGCUGUAAUUCACUUUGGGUACCGUUAGCUCUUGCUGUAUCACAAACCACUUCAAGAUUCAGUGGUUGAAAACACUCACCGUUUAUUAUUGGUCACGAGUGUGCGAGUGGGCGGGGUAGUUUGCUCUCUGGGCUUGCCUGAGUCCAGUUGGCAUUGCUCAUGUGCCGGCAGUUGGCUGGGGGCGGGCAAGUUUUGGAUGGCUUUACUUGCCGCGAUGACUGGGGUUCUCGGGCUUCAGGUCUUUCAUCACUGAGCAGCUUAGCCCGGGCUUGUUCACCAGGUUCAGAGGGGAAACACGAAACGACACCAGGCUUCCUGAGGCCUCAGUGCGGAACGCGCGCACUGUUGUUUUCGUCACAUUCUGUUGGCCAGAGUAAGUCACAAAGUGGGAAAUCGAUUCUUAUUAGUUCUCAGAGGUGCUGCAGAAUCACAUUUCAGAGGUAAUGUCUUGUAGCAAAGGGUGAAGAAUUGGGGUUGUUCUUACAAUCUGCUCAAGGAUGUGUGUGUUUAAUUUGGAAGUAGUUGCACGGAAUACACUCACACGGGCAGUGUGUAAGAACGUGUGAUUGUUUGACAUCGUUCCCAGAACUUGGCAGUAAGUCUUUUUAGUUUGUAGCCUUUUUGGUGAAUGUGGUUUUUACUAUCAUGGUUUUAAUAUUUAUUUUGUAAAUUGCUGAUAAGAUGGAUUGCCUUUACCACCCUCCCUGCUUUUUUUAAUUGGUCAUUUGAAUGUCUGCUUCUCUUAAGGAGGAAGGGAGGAGUGCCCCCAAAGAAUGAGUUUACAUCCCUGGGCCACCCCAGGAUCCUGAACUAUAAAUCGUCCCUUGGUUGUUGGCUCUCUAGUGCCUUCAAGGAAAUGUUUUUUUAAUUUUUGCUUUCAAUUCUUUUUUGUCAAGUUUUUCUACUUAAUCCUUAGGGGGAGAGCUGGGCUUGGUCUCCCAUUCCUGGAAGUAGAUAAUUCAUUCCUGUCUUUGUAGUUUGGCUUUCAUGAAUCUGGCAGAUUUGGGCAUGUGCGUCUAAAGCUUUAAGGAUUAAUCUACGUUAUGGAAAAACCUUUGUAAAUGAAGUGUCAUUUGCCUUGCAAACAAUUAUUAUUUUUCCCCCCCAGGUCUGACUAAUUUGUUGGCAAACAGUUUUGUCGUGCUUUGACAUGGAACAGGUGCUAACAUCUUUUGCAGUCUUGUCACCGGAAUAGAGGUCACCAUGUUCAUUAAUUAAGUCCAGGAAAUUUUAUUUUCUCCUGUGGCUAAUCAUUUAUAUUUGACAAGAAUCUGUCAUCUGUGCUUCUAGUCUCCCUGCUUCUACCUUUGUUCUCUGUAGCUUAUUUUUCACACAGCAGUCGUAAUUUUCAAACAUAGUUCAGAUUAUGUCAUUUCUCUGCUCACUGUACGCUUUGUCCUUCCCCUUAUAACUGAGAUUAAAACCCAAAGGCCUUAGCAUUGCCUGUAAGGUCCUCCAUGAGAUGAUUUCAUGCUGUCUGUUUAACUUCAUCUCUUACCUUUUUCCCUCCCUGUCUUCUAACCUGUUUUUCCCAGAGCACUUCCAACAUGCGUCUGCCUCAGGGCCUUUGCACUCUCUGUAUCCUCUUCUAGAAUGCUUCUUCCCUUGACAGCCACAUGGAUUGCUGUUUCCCUUCUGCUAGGUCUCUGCUCAAAUAUCUUCCAGAGAGAAGCCUUCCUUGAACACUUUAUAUAUAGUUACUCUCUGUUCCUCUUACUCUACUUUUCUUCAUGGAACUGUCAUCCCCUGACAUACUAUUACUUAGUAUGUUUAUUUGUGUAUUUUCUGUUCCCCUAUCCUAGAAAGUAAACUUCCUGAGAGCAGGAACAUGCCUAAAACAGUGCCUGGCACGUGAGCUCUUCAGUUAUUACUGUAUUUUUAAAGAGUGAAUGUGUGGCUAUUGCAGUAUUUUUAUUUCACACUUACAGACUGUUCUAAAAGGCUGAGCUCGAUAGUUAAGUUGAACAACAGUAAAACCAAUAGAGACCUUUCUGACCUAGUAGAAGAGCAGCUUUGAGCCCUGAGCACAUCUGGCCAUGGUGAUAAUGUUAGCUGUCUCUUCAUGCAGUGACAGGGAUGACAAGGGCAUUCAUUGCCUUUCUGAUUUUAUAAACUAAUAAACCCUAGGGGCUUAUUUGGGUUGGCUGGAUGGCUCAGUUGGUUGAGCGUCUGACUUCGACUCAGGUUAUAAUCUCACGGUCCGUGUACUUGAGCCCUGCGUUGGCCUCUGUGCUGACAGCUCAAAGCCUGGAUCCUGCUUCAGAUUCUGUGCCCCUCUCUCUGCUCCUCCCCAACUUGUGCUCUGUCUCUCUCUUUCUCUCUGUCUCUGUCUCAAAAAUAAGCAUUAAAAUAUUAAAAAAACUAAUAAACCCCGAAUUAGGAAUUGGUUAUAAAGUGAAAUACUUUUUCUACAUCUUAAUCUGUAGGAGAAUUUAAAAUCAAUAUAAUUAUUUUAAUUAAACAUGUAUUACUAAGGGCGCUGGCUAUAUUGACAAAUAUUUUGUUGAAUAAAAUAUAUCUAUUUUAUUCUAUUUAAGUUUGUUUAUAUACCUAGAGAUAGAAAGACAGAGCAGGAGGGGCGGAGAGAGGGAGAGAGAAAGAAUCCCGAGCAGACUCAGCAGUGGCAGUGCAGAACCCGACCCAGGCUCGAACUCAUGAACUGUGAGAUCAUGACCUGAGCCAAAAUCAAGAGUCUGACGCUUAACCGACUGAGCCACCCAGGAGCCCUUGAAAUAUGUCUAUUGUAAUGGCAAAUAGGGAACUCAGAUUUGGCCUUUUAACAUUUUGUUAAUAAAUGGAUUUGGGUAUGGACUUAAAAAGUUUAAUAAAUUUAAAAUUUUAAAAUAGUGAUUUCAACUGUGAUUUCAAAGUCAUCAGGGGAUAGUUUUCUAGCUUUGUGCCUAUACCUACCUUCUCUUGUCCUUCCACCAAUGAAAACUCUUUCAGGAUAGUCACACAAGUAUUUGUUGUGUUCUUUGUUAGAUACACUUGUUUGAGUACCACUGGUCUAAGCUAAGACUGUAAUAAUCAUUGCUGGAAUAAGGCUAAGUCUGUGUCACAUGGACAACAGUGCCCACGUACUGGGUGUUUAGUAUGUGCCAGUGCUUCAAAUUUAUUAUUUAAUUUACUCUUCUCAAUGGUUCUGUCAAACAUAGACUAUUAUCUCUAUUCUAGAAACGAAGAAACAAAGCAAAAUCAUAC